AUGGGGAAGACACAGUCAAAGCUAACGCCCGAACAGCUCACAGAGCUGCAGAAUAUCACCUAUUUCGACCGCAAAGAAUUACAGCAGUGGUACAGAGGGUUCAUGAACGACUGUCCACCGGGUGUGCUGGAUAAGGAGGAGUUUUCACGCAUGUACAAGCAGUUCUUCCCAUUUGGCGAUCCAACACCACUUGCUGAACACGUAUUCAACGUAUUUGAUGCAAACAAGAAUGGUUACAUUGAUUUCAAGGAAUUUAUUUGCGCACUGAGUGUAACGGGGCGAGGCCGUUUGGAUGAGAAACUGCGCUGGGCGUUCCAACUGUAUGACAUCGAUGGUGAUGGAACGAUCACUUACAACGAAAUGUUGACAAUUGUUCGGGCUAUCUACAAGCUCACCGGCCAGAUGGUCAAGUUGCCACCCGACGAAGACACGCCGGAAAAACGUGUUGACAAGAUCUUCGCGCUAAUGGACAGAGACAAGAACGCGGAACUCUCGUUCGAGGAAUUCAAAGAGGGGUCAAAACAAGAUCCGUCGAUAGUGCAGGCUCUUUCACUUUAUGAUGGCCUUGUGUAA